AAUCCAGGUGACGCAUCGCAGAGUUCUCGGAAUUUUUCACCGGGCUUAUUUGUAAACAAACACUCGUCGGGCAGAACUUAACAAAAAACCGGAGAACACUAGAAGCGCUCGUUCUUUAAGGAGCGAAUAAAUGGAAGAGUAGCGAUUCGAAAUGGAAGAGUUUUUAGAAAAGUGCCGCUUGUGUCUGGAACACGGUGAAGGGGUUUCCCGUGUGGAAGAGCUACCGCCUGUGUUCACCUUCCAGCUCGAUCCCGACUGUUCGCUUCCGGUGAAUGUUUGCCGGGAGUGCUUCAGCCAGGUUGAAGAUUACUACAGCUUCUCCAGUGCGGUGUUACGGAACCAGGAAACAUUACGGGCCUUACACGAACAGCUAAAAACGGAAUUCGUAAUCGUGGAAGAGAUUAAAGUGGAGCCGCCCUACGAAACGGAUGCUAUCGGUGCAGUUUCCGCAUUAGAGACAGAGGAAAAUGAGCUUCAUAUGAAUCCAGAUACCGAAAGUCAUGAGUUAGCGACUCAGGAAUUGCAUUGCGACACCACGGUCGUCAUCAAUAUAGCAAACGAUGUAGAAACAGAAGAAAUCGAUCAACUGGUGAUGAAUCAGGAUCUCCAGAAUAGUGAGGAAGAUUACGACGAACCCAACGAAGCGCAGGAAUCCGAUGAGAGCGAGGCCGACACGCCGAACAAAAAGAGUCUCAGAAAAACGCGAGAGAUCAAAAGUGAGGCAGCAAUCAGAAUGCAGGAAGAAAACGAAAUGAUUGCGGAAUAUUUUCAGCUCGAUUGUGAGCUGUGCCCUCACAAAGCGGACACCUUUGUGGCUCUGAAGAAGCACUACCGUGUACGACACAAUCGCAGCGGGUACGUGCGCUGCUGUGAGCGCAAACUGUUCAAACGCUGCGAUCUGCUCGAGCAUCAACAGGUGCACCUUAAUCCUAAUCAGUUUGCCUGCGAUCUGUGCGGUAAGCAGUACCGCUCGAAGGAGUACUUACAACGGCACCACCAGCAGGCUCAUGAUUCCAGUGCGGAACGUAAAUUUAAAUGUACCGAGUGUCACCGGAGCUUUCUGCAUCGAUUUCAGCUCAAUUCGCACCUUGUGCGGCAUGUAAAGGCACCGUGCCCGCAGUGUGACAAAAUACUUUCCAGCAAGGCGGCUCUCGGUAUUCACAUGCAGAAGAUACACAGCACCGAAGGGCGCAUGAUAUGCGAUACGUGUGGUCGCGAAUUUCGUACCAAGUUGUCGUUCACGAAACACGUCCAGCAGCACCAGGGUACGUAUGUGCCGGAACAAUACCGCUGUGAUUACUGUAGCGCACUGUUGGCGAGUAAAGUGAGCCUCAAGAAGCACAUCCUGGUGAAGCACAAAACGACGGAUGAGGAGUACGUCUGCACGAAGUGUAAUAACGGGAAACGCUACCCAAAUAAGCUAGCCUUCGAAAGCCACAAGCGGAAGGUGCACGUCGAGAAGAAGUAUGCGUGUGAUUUCUGUGGGCGUGGGUUUAAGGACGCGAAAAAUCUGCGUGAACAUCGUGCCGUCCACUCCGGUGAGGAUCUGUACCGUUGCGAGCACUGUACGGUUGCUUUCAAGUGGAAAUCCAACAUGUACGCUCACACGAAAAAGCAGCAUCCCGAAGAAUGGGCAGCAGCCAAGCAGAGGGCGGCAACCAUCACAUGUAUUCUCGUUUCCGAGCUGGUAUGCGGUGCAUGCUCGGAUCGUAUUCAUGAUUUCCACGAGUACGCCGUGCAGGUGCGUGCCAACCAAGAGUUGCUCGUUAAAUGCUCCACGGACGAGGCAUCAAUGUUAGAGAUGGUCGAAGAAGAAGCAACAAUUGAGGAACAGAUGCUUGAAAUAGAAACGUGCGCUGAACUAAACGAAAAAACCAAGGAAAGUGUUGAUCCGCUCCAGGGUGAUCACGAUUCUUCCGUAGAGGACAACACGCGCGAACAGGAGGAUGAUCUUAUAUGCACGUACUACGAUAUGAAGUGUGAAAUCUGUUUGGCCGAGCUCGACACAUUCGCCCAACUGCAGCAGCACUACAAAAAGGAACACAGCGAGUGUGGCUAUGUUCGGUGUUGCGAUAAGGUCCUGACAAAACGAUGGCAGGUUCUCGAGCACAUCAGUAUGCACGAAGGAUCGUUGCGGUGCAAUAUGUGUGAGAAAAGCUACAAAUGCAACCGAACGUUGGAGCUGCACAAGCUGAACUGCCACGGUAAGCAGGAGGACAAGCCCUUCAAGUGCGACAAGUGCGAUCAAGCCUACCCGAAGCAGCAUCUGCUUACUGCCCAUCUGCAGCAACACGAGCAGGAGCAAUGUACGGUCUGCCGGAAGACGCUAUCGAACAAUCAGGCACUGAAAGUGCACAUGGCCCAGAUGCAUGGGCGCGAUAAUCAGCAGACUUGCGCUACCUGUAGCAAAACGUUCCGCACCAAGCUCGCGAUGGAGCGCCACAUCAAGGAGCACCGUGGCGAGCCAAGUGUGGAGAAGGUUCAGUGCCACAUCUGCUGCGAAUGGUUCAACGGAAUGAGUAAUGUGCAGAAACACAUCCGUUACACUCAUAUCGAGCAGGGACAGGAGUUUCAGUGUAGCAUCUGUUUGAACAAGUUUCCCAACACUCGUGCCCUGCUCUACCACAAACAGCGGGCGCACGUGGCGGGAAGGUUCGGCUCAACGUUGUUCCAGUUCAAUAUACUCGUCGAUAAUGCUCUGCCGAAUCAAGUUUGCUCCGUAUGCCAAUCGUCUGUGAACUCGUUCUACACCUUUCACCAGGAUGUGGAAGCCAACCAAAUGCUACUGCUGGCUCUGCAGAACGACAAAGAUCCGAUUGCUAACUUCCUUCCCGAAACCAGAGUAGAGGAGUGUGUGGUUGAGAUCCUACGGGAAACGGCACACAAUGAUGAUGAUGAUGAUAAUGACGACGAAGAGGCGAUGGAGGACGAUAGUGCAUCACAGCUGGUAGAAUACGAACAGGAUGUGGAGAUUCACGUCAAUGACAACAGUUUGGAUGAUGAAAGUGGGCAAGAUGGAGCCCUCGCAAGUGGAGACGAUGGAGACGGGGGAGAGCAGUGCGACCUGUGUAAGAAAGUGCUGUCGAGCCAACAAUCGCUAAGGGUACACAUGGCACAGAUGCACAGCGACGAUAACCAGCAGAUUUGCGCUACCUGUGGUAAAACGUUCCGCACCAAACAGGCCAUGGAGCGGCACAUCAAGGAGCAUAGGGGGGAGGAGCUGGUAGACCGGAUGCAAUGCGAGUAUUGCAAGAAGUGGUUCAAUGGGAAGUACAAUCUGCGGAAGCACAUCCGUUUCAUUCACAGCGAGGAUGGACAGGUGUUCCGGUGCGAUAUCUGCCAGCACGAAAGCCCCAAUAGCCGUGCGCUGCAGAAUCACAAACAGCGCAUACACGUGGAGGAGAAGUUCCAGUGUACGUACUGUGGCAAACGGUUCAAGCGGAAGCCCAGCCUACGCGAACACAUGGCCUCUCACACCGGCAAGCCACUCUAUUCGUGCGAAGUCUGUGGCAUCACCUUCAACUCGAAAGCCAACCGUUUUAGCCAUCGCAAAAAUAAGCACCCAGUCGAAUGGGAAGCUAACAAGCGGUUAAAGGAACAGAGACAAUUAAUUCGUGCUCGCUAUAACAAAAUGAAGGAAAAUUGCCGCCUUUGCUUAGCUAAGUUGGAAAUUACAUCAGUGACUAGGUCAAUUGCGGACGAUGAGUUUCGAGAACAGCUAGAUAAAGUGUUCCAAUUUACGAUUUUCACAGAUGAAACGCAUCCCGGACAGGCUUGCCAGCCGUGCCACUCGUUGGUGUCGCAGUUCUACCAGUUUACCCUACAGGUUGAGGAAAACCAGCAGCAAUUAUGCGCACAACACUUAUACAGCAAAGAAGAGGAUGUGAAAGUGGAUCUGGAUACCGAGAACCACUUAUUCUAUCAUGUGGACGUGGAUGCUCUACCACCAGCGUCCGUGAAACAGGAGCUUACAGAGCACAGUGGAGACACCGAUGGAGAUAUCUGCGAUGAUGAUAUGGGCAAUGAUGACAAGAAUGACUCCGAUUAUCUACCCAAAACAGACGAACCCCAUAUUCCGGACGGACCGGAUGAUGUUGAGGAUGAUGCUGUUCCCGAUGCCUCCGCGGCUAGUGGCAGGAAAACAAAGAAAAUGAAGCUCAGGAAACGGCAUCCUCGCAUGGCAAAAGCUGAUAAACCUAUCCCACAGCCGGAAGUUGAAAAAGAAGUGGACCCGGAAACGGAGAAAGAGGACACGGAGGAGCAGUCGAAGCAGCUUGAGGAUGAUCAGCGCAUAAAGGAGUUUUACAAUUUGGAUUGUGAAUUAUGUUCAGCGAAGCUGGAGAACCUAGCCAUUCUACAGUCACACUAUCGACGGAAGCAUGAAAUCAAAGGCUACAUUCGGUGCUGCGAUAAACUGUUUUAUCGUCGGUUCCAGCUGCUCGAUCAUAUGGCCGCUCACCAGGGAACGAUAAGGUGUAAAAUCUGUAACAAGAGCUACAAAAGCAGCCGUUAUUUGGCGCUGCACAUGAUGAAAAGCCACAGCAAGGAGGAAGAUCGUCCGUUCAAGUGUACCAAGUGUCGCCAGUCGUUUCACAAAGAGCAUCUUCUGAAAGCGCACCAGGCGAAUCAUUUGUCCGAAAAGUGUCCGAUCUGCGAAAAAGUGGUCUCGUCCAAGUACGCACUGAAGACACAUGUAGCCCACAUGCACGGCAACGAUGGAAACCAUAUUUGUGACGUGUGUGGUAAAGAGUUCCGCACGAAGCAGGCCAUGGAGCGGCAUAUCAACGAGCAUCUGGGGCUGGAAGUGGUGCAGAAGGUACAGUGUCACGAAUGUAACCGCUGGUUCCAUGGCAAGUACAAUCUCCGGAAGCACAUCCGCUUCAUGCACAUCGAAGAGGGGCAGGUGUUUCGGUGCGAGAUCUGCCAACACGAGAGCCCGAACAGUCGGGCGCUCUUGGAUCACAAGAAGCGCGUACACGUGGACGAAAAGUUCGAGUGUGAAUUCUGCGGCAAGCGGUUCAAGCGGAAGCUGUAUCUGCGUGAGCACAUCGCAUCGCACACCGGUAAACCGCUGUACUCUUGCGAGGUUUGCGGGGCUACUUUCAAUUCCAAUGCAAACUGUUAUAACCACCGUAAAAUCAGGCAUCCUGCCGAAUGGGAAGCUCGCAAGCAGGCAUUCCUGGCAGCCCAGCUCAAAAGCCCAACCACUGAACCCAAGAAGGACCCCUAAACCCUGGAAUAGGUACAAUGAGAAGUGAACGUAUAUAGUUUACAUAAUAGUUUUAUGUAUCUAGAGUUUUGAUUUCAAAACUAAAUUCAUAGCACCUUACGAACAGUACGGUGAAUAGUGUAAAUUAAUAUUAAAUUUGCUUUCUCUUUUGAAGCAUAAAGAUUUAACGAGGAGACUAUCUUGUACUCUCGAAUGCGCUAGGGUUAUUUUUAUUAUUCCUGUAACAAAAACGCAUUUUAAUAAAAAACUGGUAAAAUACAA